CUUCGCGGUUCGAGAUCGUCGAGUUCGGUUCCGGACCUUCAAUUGCCGGUCGGUUGUCACAGAGUCGAGGCAGUGAGUCGCCGGGGGUGAAAUUGGGCCGGUUAUCGAGCGUCGAACGCGUCCGAAACAUGUGAGAGUCUGAGAAACCGAAGGCUGAGAACCACUGCAGGCACUGCUAACGGUAGCACGAGAUAAUUGGCUGCUUAUACUAGCCGGACAAACGGCGCCGAGACACAAAUGACUGGUGGCGGGACCAAUAUGGCAUACCACGGUCUGAGCCAACAUUUGAAUUUCGAUUCGCUCCCAGACCCCGACGAGCGGUUCUCGCUCCAGGAGUUGAUCGGCGAAGGAACCUACGGCGAGGUAUACUCUGCGCGAGACAAGUCGACGGACUCCCUUGUCGCGGUGAAAAUCUUGGAGAAUGUUGCCGACAACAUCGAGGAAAUCGAGGAGGAAUAUUUAGUCCUCAGGGACUUGAGCCUCCACCCAAACAUACCCCUCUUCCAUGGAAUAUUCCUGAAAAAGGCCCCGGCCCAGGAGGAGGAUCAGCUAUGGUUCGUCAUGGAGCUAUGCACCGGUGGAUCAGUCACGGAUCUCGUCCAGGGACUGAAGAAGCGCGGUAAGCGUCUCACCGACGACCAGAUUGCCUACAUAAUCAGAGAAACCGUCGAGGCACUCAUCUAUCUUCACAGCAACCACUGCAUGCACCGUGACGUCAAGGGUCACAACAUCCUCCUCACUGAGGAGGCACGAGUUAAACUCGUUGACUUUGGGGUCUCCUCGCAUCUGGCAGCUACAAUGGCCAGGCGGAACACUUCCGUUGGAACUCCCUACUGGAUGGCUCCUGAGGUGAUAGCGUGCGAACAGCAGCUAGAUUCCUCUUACGAUUCGCGUUGUGAUAUUUGGUCAGUUGGAAUAACUGCGAUUGAGUUGGCGGACGGGGACCCACCAUUGUCAGAACUUCAUCCGAUGCGGGCUCUCUUUCAAAUACCAAGAAACCCUCCGCCAUCGUUGAAGAAUCCAGAUCUUUUCUCCCCGGAGUUGUCGGACUUCAUUUCCGAAUGUCUAGUUAAAGACCUAGAGCACCGUCCAUUCGCGAGUGAACUUGCUGAGCACCCGCUCCUGGUGAAUGUUUCCGCGGUACUUGACCAGGUCCGCGAAGAACUUCGUGAGGAAAUUUCACGACAACGCUCCAACGGCCGAGUUCAAAGGCAACCUGAAGUCACGACCAAGCACGGCAAGCUGAAGACUGACCGGAAAACCAAACCAGAAAAAAUGUACGUCGAUGACCUCGCUGCUCUCGAUCUACUCUCCGAGGAUGCCAUUGUUGAACAACUCCAAAACCGCUACGAGCACGCCCAGAUAUACACCUAUAUCGGUGACAUUCUGGUGGCGGUGAACCCCUUUGCUAACCUUGGACUGUACACGGGAAUUGAACAACGUCGGUAUAAAGGUCAGGCCAGGUCGGAUAAUCCACCGCAUAUAUUCGCGGUGGCCGAUGCUGCCUAUCAGGCCUUGUUGCAUCAGCGUCGAAAUCAGGCAAUCGUUAUCAGCGGAGAGUCUGGAGCAGGUAAAACUGAAAGUGCCAACCUGCUACUCAAGCAACUGGUUUACCUGAGCAAAGCGCCGAAUCGCAACCUGGAGGAAAGAAUUCUACAGAUCAACCCUAUAAUGGAAGCCUUUGGUAAUGCAACCACGGGGAUCAACGCAAAUUCAUCAAGGUUCGGCAAGUACUUAGAUCUCACGAUGACAAAAGGUGGCAAAGUUACCGGUGCCAGGAUUGCUGUCUACUUACUGGAGCAGUCCAGAGUCGUGGCUCAGGCUGAAGGAGAGCGAAACUUCCAUGUCUUCUAUUACAUGUACGACGGCCUUGACGCUGACGAUCGCUUGAAGGAGUUUCACCUGGACUCAGGUUUGCGACAACGGCACAAGUACCUUGCCGACCACAGCCACACCUCACAGACUCACAUAGACAAGUUUCAGCAGUUGAAGGCUGGAUUCAAGGUACUCGGUUUUAGGGAUGAAGAAGUUGACACUGUCUACGGCGUCUUAGCGGCGAUCUUACAUCUUGGUGAUAUCGAAUUUGCUGAAGUGGCCAGCGAAGAUAACACCGAUAAUAAAAGUAGAGUUAUCGAUAUGGCUCCGCUUCACAGAGUGUCGAAACUGCUGGGUGUAGAGGCGAUUGAUCUUCUGGAAGCAUUAACUUCAAACUCGGUAGUGACUCGAGGCGAGACCAUUACACGAAAUAACACUGUGAUUGAGGCGAGUGCCGCACGGGAUGCAAUGGCCAAGGGACUUUACGGUCGUCUCUUCGACUGGAUGGUGAACCAGAUCAACUGCCUGUUGAACUUCGACCGUGCCAACCACGAACCCCUGGCCAUCGGUCUCCUAGAUAUUUUUGGCUUCGAAAAUUUCCCCAGAAACUCUUUCGAACAGCUAUGCAUCAACAUUGCCAACGAGCAGAUCCAGUACUAUUUUAAUCAGCAUAUAUUCACUUGGGAACAGCAGGAGUACAUGGCUGAGGGCAUUCCUGUUGACCUCGUUGAAUUCUCAGACAACCGCCCCGUCCUUGACAUGCUUCUCAGCCGACCAAUUGGCCUGCUUGCUCUUCUCGACGAGGAAAGUAGAUUUCCAAGGGCAACUGACAGGUCACUCGUUGAAAAGUUCCACAACAAUGUCAAGUCAAAAUUCUACGUGCGACCAAAAUCUGACGCCAUUUGUUUCGCCAUUCACCACUUUGCUGGCCGAGUCGUUUAUCAGGCGGACGGAUUCUUAGAGAAGAAUAGAAACUUUUUACCACCUGAGGUUAUCCAGUUGAUACGACAGUCUCAGUUCGAUAUGGUGCGGUUCCUGUUUCAAUGCCCAAUUACAAGGACCGGAAACUUAUACUCUGCCCUGUACGACACAGGUUCUCGUAAGAUGUCACAGUCUCACCAAAGCACGAAGGAUCUUCUUCCGGCGGUUCCACAACCUUUAAAACUAUUUCAGGAUCGGUACAGUAGUCGCGGACUUGCCUCGCAAUCCAGAGCGCAGCAGACGGUUGCGACGUACUUCCGUUUCUCCCUCAUGGAUCUGCUUCAAAAGAUGGUAUCCGGCUCGCCACAAUUCGUCCGUUGCAUAAAACCAAACGACUCGAAGAGUCCUCGACUCUUUGAUAAGGAGAAGGUCAUCAAGCAGCUUAGAUACACCGGUGUUCUGGAGACCAUAAGAAUUCGACAAAAUGGUUUCUCCCACAGGAUCCUUUUCAACGACUUUCUCAAAAGGUAUUGCUUCUUGGCAUUUGGAUACGACGAGAGAGUGGUUGCAAAUCGUGACAAUUGUCGGCUGCUUUUGGUCCGUUUAAAAAUGGACGGCUGGGCACUGGGUAAGACGAAAGUAUUCCUCAAGUACUACCACGUCGAGUUCCUUUCAAAGAUGUACGAGGAGCAGUUGAAGAAAAUCAUCAUGGUACAAGCAUGCGUACGCCGAUGGUUGGCGAAGAUCAGAUACAGAAAACAGAAGUGGCAGUUCGCUGUUUCCAUCGUGACUCUACAGAGGCACAUUCGGGGCUGGCUUACCAGGAAGCGUUUGGAAGAACAACUUAUCAAACAGAGGGCUGAGGAGGAGGCGCUGGCUCUGGAAAAGGCGCGAGAGAAUGAACAGAAGACUGGUAUGAACUGGUUCAAGGCUAAGCUUCUCCGUAGUUUCACGCAGGAGCAAAUCGAUGUUGCUGCAGUGAACGAGCUCAACAAAGGAAAGGAGAAUCUUAACGAGGACACGGCUGCUGUAAUUAUUCAGAGUCAUUUCCGAGGGUUUACUAUCCGAAGACGGUUCGGUUACGAACUGGAGGAGAGAUUCAAGAGGAUUUUAAACAACUAUGAUAACAAACAAGAUGGUCUUCAAGCACUUCUUCGCGAGGGCUUGAGAAACGAGGACGCUGCUUUUAUCGUUCAACGAUGGUUCAGGAAGGAGGAAAUUGUCAAGAAAAAGAAAUCCGUUCAUCCUCCACGGGACCCGGUACAUUCAAAACUAAGACAAACCGAUCUCAUCGCCUUUUCGCAGAACGUUCACAUGAAAAAUCAAGAUGUCCAUAAGAACCUUCGUCGAAACAAACCAGGCAUCCGUCUAAAUGAUGUUGAGGAACCACCACCUGACUACGUGCGCCCCGAGGGCUUCGACAUGGUUCACAAGAUGUUGGAAUACCGCAACGGAAAUCCGCCCGAUGCCGAAGCUACUGCAAAAUACUACAAAGAUCUGAAGGAAGAAAUGAGCAGUACAAAGACUAACGGCGUAUAUAACCACAACCUGCGCCCCUCUUCGACCAAUUGGAACCAGCAGAAGCCUCCCCACAAUGUGCCAAUCUUCAUUCCGCGUGUCAACGAUCCACAUGGCCUACGGAAUAACGGAGUCCAAGCUGGCAACCAGCUCGGUAACCAGCGUCACCUAGAAGCGAUAAACUACGCGGCAAGAUUGAACAACCCUGCCCACGUCCCCCAGGCGAACGGAGCGGUGAACGGGCUUCGAAACGGAAUGGAAAACGGCUCGAAACACAGGCCAGUGAUCGGGCACAAUAUCAUGAACGGAAACAACGCCUACCACAAAGCGUCGAUUCCCGCGCCACGUGACAAAUACCCUUACCAAGCCUCCCCCGAGCUAAGGUACCUCCUCAGACCCACCGUCGAAAGGUCGCAAAGUCAAGAAGGACCGCGAGCGAAUGAUUACACGAACGAGGACAUGAACGGACCUUACAAUUUCCGGCAGCUGCUGCGUCCUGCCGAGUACCUACCGACGGAAUCCCUCAGGAAACGAAAGGGUGGCUUUUCGGUCAACGGUAUUCCAAUACCGAAACAAGCUCCUCCAGAAAAGCACGUGAAACGAAGAGCUCCCCUCGCUCCUAAUAAUCAACGGACUGCGAAUGUCAAGUGAAGACUCCGGUUCGAUUGGGUUUACAUUUGUAGCCGAUGGCAGAGCUUGCAAUACUUGCAGUGUAUCUUCCAUCUUCGAUUUCACGUAGCUCGGUUGUCGAAAAACGUGAUCCUGCUUGUAAUUCAUGUUUUCUAAGUUUGAGUUUUCGACAACUCGCGCGCUUUUCUGUAUAAUUCCCUGUAUCUGUUCACAUCUCUCCUUCUAUGUUAGGCAUCGUGAAGAUUGAAGAUACGAUGAUCACCGGAUACGAAGUGGUAAAUAUUCACUCUUGUUGCACAGCCGGAUUUACCACAGUGCAUUGUAGGACUAGUCAUUUUUCAGCUUUAUUUAAAACUUAAACAUAUAUUUAGCCACAUUAACGAUACUGGCUGUAGUCGUGAUUGUGUAACUACUGCACCUACUGUUAUCGUAUCUACGUAUACGGGAUACGCCUAAUUACUUUCACGCGAUUAACAAUAAUCACGUUUCACCUUUUCAAGUAAUAAUAUUAAUCUGGAAUAGUGUUCGCCAGCCCGGCGAAGGAUAGCCAUGAAUUUUUCCUUAGUCACAGCCUCGCUUCUCAGAGGUUGUACCAAAAACAUGUUAUAUGUAUAGGUAUAGGUGAAAAUUAACACGAUAAUUCAAGUAAGUCCAACUUGAGGCAUAAAAGUGAUGUAUUAAUAGGCCCUGCCACACGUAGACUCCGAAGAUUUACAAUAUUAAACCGUAUUAUUAUUUUUAUUGUUGACUAUUCGAAAUUCUAACAUGCCUAUAUAUAGCAUAUUAUAGGGUUACGUUAGGAAAAUAAAUGAAACAUACAUAAACUCCGAACUGGAUAUAAAUAACAUAAUUAGGAUCUGUUGAGGUAGUUUGUACAUAACUUUUUUUUUCCUUUUCUUCUUCCGCAGAUUGUACGAAGUGAUACCAAAUACAAAAAUAUGUUAAAGAAUAUAAUAACAAUAUAAUAUAUUAAU